AUGCCGCCGCCGACGAACGACCCCAACUUCCCCUCCAAUCUCAACAUCAACCCGCUGCAUCUCGAGGGCACGAACGCGUCUGCCGACGCCGAUGCACACGCCCAGGCCGAGUCUAUCAGCAAGUACGGCAUCGCCGGCCGCGUGUGGGAGGCGUCCGGCCCGCUACUCGAGUACCUGACGCCGGAGAACUACGACAAGUUCGACCCGCCAUGCUCCUUUUUCGCCAAGGACCGGGGACCGGUGAACGUCCUCGAGCUUGGGUCUGGUCAGGCUCUCGCCAGUCUGCACCUCGCCUCGCACCUGACUCCGAAGGACACGGUCGUACUGACGGAUCUGGAGAACGUGGUGCCCCUGUGCCAGCGGAGCAUUGACGUCUGGGCUGAGCGGGAAGGAAGCAAGGACAAGGCAAAGGUCAUCACCCUUCCGCUGGGCUGGGGCGAUGAGCUUGCUGAGGUUGGAAAGCUGCUACCCUUCACGCAUCUGCUGCUGUGCGACCUGGUCACGGAACCCGAGUCCAUUCCUGACAACGAGGGAGACACGUUCGGGCCCGAGAUCAUCAUGGCGUGGAAGUCUCGCAGCUUCAACCUGGAGGAGAGCUUCUUCGACGCCUUUGCUCGCUACUUCUCAAUGACCCCUGUGCUCGGACCAAGGCGGGAUCCUGAAGUCAAGCUGUUCGUCUGCCAACGAUGGAAGAUCAAUGAGGAGUGGAAGCUUCCCGAGCAGAAGCACGUUAUGAGCCCGCCAAAGGGUGUCGUUCUGCCUGCGCGCACGUUCGGACUCGCCGAGCAGGUCUUCGCCAGCCUGGAGUGGGACGAUUGA